UUCUCGAACCGUUCUGAGAGGUGCAGACGCCGUUCGAGUUACCAGGGUGCGUCUCUCGCUCACACUCUUACCUCUGCCCUUCUCAGCCUCCCUCCUUGAUGAUUUGGUACGCUCCAGCUGACCGGCCUGGAUUCGGAGCCCGGAGUCUGCCCUCGGCCUGUCCCUCACAGUGAGCCGCCCGGGCCUGAGAGCACUGGGGGGCCCCGGGCCAGUCAGCGGAGCAGGGAGUCAGCUUCACCGCCUCAGACAUGGGAGACGCCGGUAGCGAGCGCAGCAAGCCCCCCAGCCUCCCCCCACGGUGCCCCUGCGGAUUCUGGGGGUCCAGUAAGACGAUGAAUCUCUGCUCCAAAUGCUUUGCAGAUUUCCAGAAGAAGCAGCCAGAUGAGGACCCCACCCCCAGCACAGGCACCAGCCAAUCAGAUUUGUUCCCCAGUGAGACAGACAGCGACAACGGCAAUACCUCGAUACCCCCUCCGACUGUUAAUCCCACCCAGCAGCUCCCCGCAGACCUGAAUGUAGCUUCCUCCAGCAAAGACGAAUGUGGGGCCUGCACAGGACCCUCUCACGUCUCCUUAUCUACGCCAGCCAAAAGAUCCUGCGACUCAGAUUCCCAGUCAGAAGACGACCCUUCCCCUACCAAGCGGCCCCGAUUACUUGACGACGGCGACAGACCCGACAGCAGCAGCCGGUCCAAACAGAAGAGCCGGCGCCGCUGCUUCCGCUGCCAGAUGAAAUUGGAGCUGGUGCAGCAGGAGCUGGGAUCGUGCCGCUGCGGUUACGUGUUCUGUAUGUUGCAUCGCCUCCCGGAACAGCACGACUGCACGUUUGACCACAUGGGCCGCGGGCGCGAGGAGGCCAUCAUGAAAAUGGUGAAACUGGACCGGAAAGUGGGCCGGUCCUGCCAGCGCAUCGGCGAGGGCUGCUCCUGAGUGCCACGCGCUCUCUUAUUUCACUAAUGUUAGCCUUAUUUAGGACAAAACAACCGGGCCGUCACUAUCGGGCAAGUCACAGACUACAGCCAAUCAGGUUUUUGGGGGUUUUUUGUGGACUUUUGUUUUUUUCCAUUAUUUUCUUUUUCGGGGGAAAAAAAAUGUAGGUACUUUUUUAAAUUCAAGGGUUGGUUGGCAGUUGGCCGAGAGGUGCGAUACCCUCCGUCCGGCUUGUCGGAGGGUAAUUCAACUUUUUUUGUUGUCCGUUCCACUGAAAAUGUGACUCCGUUAUCCAAAUGGUCAUUUAUCUCAAUAAAUCGUCACCUUCCCUUCCUUGUUUGGUGUAACUUCUAAUAACAAUAAUAAAUUAUGAACGUAAACGCUCA